AAACCCCAGCCCCGAGGCCAUGCCGGUCAUGAAGGGGUUGCUGGCCCCGCAAAACACCUUUCUGGACACCAUCGCCACCCGCUUCGACGGCACGCACAGCAACUUCCUGCUGGCCAACGCACAGGGCCCACGGGGCUUUCCCAUUGUCUACUGCUCUGACGGAUUCUGCGAGCUCACAGGCUACGGCCGCACUGAGGUCAUGCAGAAAACCUGCAGCUGCCGUUUCCUCUAUGGUCCAGAGACCAGUGAGCCAGCCCUGCAGAGGCUGCACAAGGCCCUGGAGGGUCAUCAGGAGCACCGGGCUGAGAUCUGCUUCUACCGAAAGGAUGGCUCGGCCUUUUGGUGCCUCUUGGACAUGAUGCCCAUCAAGAAUGAGAUGGGAGAAGUCGUGCUUUUCCUCUUUUCCUUCAAGGACAUCACUCAGAGUGGAGGCCCAGGAGUUGGCUCCCCAGGAGGCCACGGGGACAGUAAUCAUGAAAACUCACUUAGCAGGAGGGGAGCCGGCUCAAGACUCCGAUCUGCCAGGAGGCAGAGCCGUACUGUCCUACACCGGCUGACUGGCCACUUUGGCCGCCGACGCCAGGGAGGCAUGAAAACCAAUAAUAACGUGUUUGAGCCAAAGCCAUCAGUGCCCGAGUACAAGGUGGCCUCCGUGGGGGGGUCCCGCUGCCUCCUCCUCCACUACAGCGUCCCCAAGGCCGUGUGGGACGGCCUCAUCCUCCUCGCCACCUUCUACGUUGCGGUCACCGUCCCCUACAAUGUCUGCUUCUUGGGCGAUGAUGACACCCCCAUCACUUCCCGACACACCCUUGUCAGCGACAUCGCCGUGGAGAUGCUCUUCAUCCUGGAUAUCAUCCUGAACUUCCGCACCACCUAUGUGUCCCAGUCCGGCCAGGUGGUCUCUGCUCCUCGUUCCAUUGGCCUUCACUACCUGGCCACCUGGUUCUUUGUUGACCUUAUUGCUGCUCUGCCAUUUGACCUGCUUUAUGUCUUCAACAUCACCGUGGGAUGGCUCCCUUCACAGAUGCUGUCGUCGCCGACAACCAGCUCUCGCCCACAGUUGAUUGUGCCUAGGACUUUGGGGGUGUCAAGCAGGGACCAGAGAUCACUCCUUACCUCUGACCAGGACUUGCUUUUUCACCAGCCUACGGUGCUAGAGGCAGCACAGCACAAAAUGGACUUGGGUAGCUGCUCAGAGGGAAGUCCCAGCUCCAUCGUUUCCUCGACUUCGCUGGUGCACCUGCUGAAGACCGUGCGGCUGCUGCGGCUGCUGCGGCUGCUGCAGAAGCUGGAGCGUUACUCACAGUGCAGCGCUGUGGUGCUCACACUGCUCAUGUCCGUCUUCGCACUCCUCGCCCACUGGAUGGCCUGCGUCUGGUAUGUCAUCGGCCGCCGGGAGAUGGAGGCCAAUGACCCGCUGCUCUGGGACAUCGGCUGGUUGCACGAGCUGGGCAAGCGGCUGGAGGAGCCCUACGUCAACGGCUCUGCGGGCGGCCCGUCGCGACGCAGCGCCUACAUCGCUGCCCUCUACUUCACGCUGAGCAGCCUCACCAGCGUGGGCUUCGGCAACGUGUGUGCCAACACCGACGCGGAGAAGAUCUUCUCCAUCUGCACCAUGCUCAUAGGCGCGCUGAUGCACGCCGUGGUGUUCGGGAACGUGACGGCCAUCAUCCAGCGCAUGUACUCGCGCCGCUCGCUCUACCACAGCCGCAUGAAGGACCUCAAGGACUUCAUCCGCGUGCACCGCCUGCCGCGGCCGCUCAAGCAGCGCAUGCUCGAGUCCUUCCAGACCACGUGGGCCGUCAACAGCGGCAUCGACGCCAACGAGUUACUGCGUGACUUCCCAGACGAGCUGAGAGCUGACAUCGCUAUGCACCUGAAUCGGGAGAUCCUGCAGCUGCCGCUGUUCAGAGCGGCGAGCAGGGGCUGCCUGCGGGCCCUCUCCCUGCACAUCAAGACCUCGUUCUGCGCUCCAGGCGAGUACCUGUUGCGCCGUGGGGACGCCCUGCAGGCACACUACUACGUCUGCUCCGGCUCGCUUGAGGUGCUUCGAGACAACAUGGUGCUGGCCAUCCUGGGGAAGGGGGACCUGAUUGGGGCAGAUAUCCCUGAGCCGGGGCAGGAGCCUGGGUCAGGGGCAGGCCCAAGCUACGUGCUGAAGACCAGCGCUGACGUGAAGGCACUGACCUACUGUGGCCUGCAGCAGCUGAGCAGCCGAGGGCUGGCUGAGGUCCUGAGGCUCUAUCCUGAGUACGGGGCUGCCUUCCGGGCUGGCCUGCCCCGGGACCUCACCUUCAACCUGCGCCAGGGCUCUGACACCAAUGGCCUCAGCCGCUUUUCCCGGUCUCCUUGCCUUUCCCAGCCCCGCUCGGAAAGCCUCGGCUCCUCCUCAGACAAGACCCUGCCAUCCAUCACGGAGGCUGAGACUGGGGUGGAGUCUGGGGGUGGUUCUAGGCCCCGCCGGCCUCUCCUGCUGCCCAACCUCAGCCCAGCACGACCCCGGGGCUCCCUGGUCAGCCUCUUGGGCGAGGAGCUGCCCCCAUUCUCAGCCCUUGUCUCCUCCCCUUCCCUGUCCCCAACCCCUUCCCCUGCCUUGGCUGGCCGGGGUCACAGGCCCUCCCCUCAUGGCCCCCCCAGGGGCUCUGCUGCCUGGAAGCUCCCCCAGCUUCUCAUUCCCCCACUGGGAACCUUUGGACCUCCGGACCUCAGUCCCCGGAUAGUGGAUGGCAUCGAGGACUCUGGCAGCACAGCGGAGGCCCCUACAUUUCGGUUCAGCAGGAGGCCUGAGCACCCUAGGCCCUGCUCACAGGCCCCUCCUUCAGGUACCAGGCCCAGCCAGGAACUGGCCACUGAGGCUGAGGAGAUGAAGGAAAAGGUCUGCAGGCUGAACCAGGAGAUCUCCCGUCUCAAUCAGGAAGUGUCUCAGCUGAGCCGGGAGCUUCGACAUAUCAUGGGCCUGCUACAGGCCAGGCUAGGUCCCCCGGGCCACCCAGUAGCCUCGGCUCGGCCCCCAGACCCUCCUGGUCCCCAGCUGAGGCCUCCGUGCAUCUCUCCCUGUCUAUCUGGACCACUGCCUAGCCUCCAGGAUACUACUCUCGCUGAGGUCCACUGCCCGGCCAGUGUGGGGACAGCAGAGAUGGGGGCCACGCCCCCCAACCUGAGACCCUCCGUGCUACCCCCCUACCCCUCAGAGCCUGAGUCUCUGGGACCCUCCCCAGUGCCAGAGGCCUCACCUCCGACCCCAAGCCUCAUGCAGCAGAGCUUUCGGUCCAGGCCAGACGCGUUCCACUGACCCAGGCCCUGGGCCCAGGCCUGUCUGGGGUGGGCACUGCUGCCUGCCCUCCAGGGAGGGGCUGGGCCCCUUGGCCUCCUGCCUCAGGUCAGCAGCCACUAGCUGGUCUGGUUGGCUCUGCAUUCUCUGGACUUUUUUACAAAGCCUGGUCACUUCUGACCCUGUUCCCUUUUCCAAACCUUCCCCUGCCCUUCCCCUCUGUGAGGGGAGCCACCUGAGGCUGUGGAACCCAACAGGCAUGAGACGGAAUGCAGUGCCGAUUAGGCCGGGCAGAUGACAUGUCCUGCUUUCUCCCCAGGACCCGGAGGCAGGCUGUCCCUGAAGGUGGUCUCUUCUGCUGCCAGCAACUUGAAACAGUCCCCACAGCACUCUCUAUCCCUCCCCCUGCACCAGACCUCAGUCAAGCCUGUUCUUCCCACAUCCAACUAGGUCUCGCUCAAGGCCCUGACUUCUCACAAACCCACCCUGGUCUCCAGCUCUCCCUUACCACCCAACACCCAGGGCUCACUUUUGGAUAGGAAAUA